CGCGAGAGCUCGGGCCAGGCAGCCCUCGCGGGAGGGAGCCCAAGGCGUGAGCAGUGCAGCGCAUGUGCACGCACGUCGGCGCAGACGCAGUGACCAGCAGCAAUCGACAUGAACGCCCUGACCAAGGUGAAGCUGAUCAACGAGCUGAACGAGCGGGAGGCGGCGCUGGGCGUGCGCGAGGCGGUGUCGUGGCAUGCGGAAUACAAGGACAGCGCCUGGGUCUUCGUCGGUACGAACGAGGCCUCCCCUAUGAGCUGACAGAAGGUGACAUUAUCUGUGUGUUCUCGCAGUAUGGGGAAAUUGUGAACAUUAAUUUGGUGCGAGAUAAGAAGACUGGAAAAUCAAAAGGUUUCUGUUUUGUUUGCUAUGAAGAUCAGAGAAGUACCAUUCUUGCAGUUGACAACUUUAAUGGGAUCAAGAUAAAAGGAAGGACAAUUCGGGUAGACCAUGUUGCUAACUAUCGCCCUCCGAAGGAUAAUGAUGAUAUUGACAAUGUCACAAAAGCCCUCCGGGAAAGAGGCUGUGGAGCUAAAACUCCUCCACCGACUUCAUCUGACUCCUCAGAAGAUGAGGUGCCUGUGCAAAGGCAUAAAGAUAAAGAGAAACGCAAAAGAGAACGGAAGAAGGAAAGAAAGGGCAUGCCAGCCCCAAAGAGGAUCCUGCCUGCCAAAGAGCCACUUCCUAAAGUCCGGAUUAAAAAGGAGAAGGAAGAUCCUGCCUAUAACCAUUAUGACAACUCCUGUCAGCAGGCCUGCAAUGAGCCUGAACAGAAACACGCCACUAGGACACGCUGUGAAGAGGAGCACGAGCACAAGCAGAGACAUGCGAGAGCCACAGACAGAGAAGGGGAUAAGAGCCAUGAAGAACAGAGGAGUCUAAGCAGGAAGGAGGAGUGGGCGAGAGAGAAGAACAGGAAGGUGGAAAGCCCUGGCAGUAGACAAGAGGAACAUCCUGAGGGCUCUAGAUCUAGAGACCAAUGGGAGAGUAGCACCAGAGAUCGACACUCCUGGCACAGAGAGUUGUCUAGCUCGAGGGACUCCAGCCACUACUGAUCUGCCUGGCCUGCAGCAUAAAACUGAGAAGUGCUUCAAAUUGACAGUGCUCAUGCCGUAAUAGCAAUGCGAUCACCUAGCAAUGGAAAAUGGGAGGUUUAAUGGUGGGCCUACCCCCAAGCCUACACAGCUAAGCAUCUCUUGCUCAGUUCCAUAGGUGUAUGUUCCCAUUAAGAUGUAGUUGCAUGGUUCCCCAUUUUCAGUCAGCUUCAGAACUCUGUUCCUUGUUCCUUUCUCCAUGGUCUAGAAAGCCAGGACCUUACCACCUCCUGUUGCCUUAGUUGGAGGUCGGGGCUGGGCUCUGGGGUGCACUCACUUGUCACAGUCUAGCUGUCAUUAAUACCACAUGGCAUUUAGUGAAGAUUCUUGGGUGUGUGAGUCUUCUCCAGCCACUGCACUGUAUUGUAAAGGUGAUCAGCAGAGACUGUUGGCAUAUGUAGUUUCGGAAGGAGCCCAUGUCACCAUCUAAUUGAUUUCCUAAGUUGAAACAAGUGGCUGUGGCAUGUGUCUCUUCUCUGAUCCUUACAACUUGAAUUGCUCUGACACCAGGAGCAAUUGCAGUGGGUUUACUCUAGUGGAGCAACCCAAGAGGUGUAGUGUCAAAUUGGGAUGGCUCAUUUCUUUAAAUAUCACUUAAUACUUUUUUUCCCUCCAGAUCCAUGGUGGCAUCACCAGUACUAGUGACAAACAGAGGUUCCCUUUCCUUGCAAUUGGCAACAAGACUCAUUCUUUUACAUCGUAUUUUAGGAGUAAUAAAGCAGCUUUAACUAAAUGACUAGCUUGGGUCAUUCAUUCCUUGGCACUGUCAGAUUGGGGCUGCUUGGCAAUUUUUGAAUACUGUGUUUUUCUGUAGGUUUGUGUAACUAUAUGACUUUAAAGAGGCAGUUUGGUAGGUUGUAGGCAAGAAAGGGGUAUGACAGUUUCAGGUAGGCAUCAAGUUACCAACACUUGAGCUGUUUGCAAGAGCUGUCAGGAAAUUCUCUCUCCAACCCUUUACAGAGCUUGCCAGGUCAGUUUGUUAUGGGGUUGUGGGUAGGACCCAAGCUUAGGAAGUCAAGCAAAAAAAAAACUUUGGUUAGAUUUGAAAGACAGCUUCUCAAGGCUCAGGGGGAAGGGAGGUUGAGUUAAAGGAUAUAAAAUGAAGUCUCCACCCCAAGAAGUGGUUAAGAUAGGCUGCCUAGGAUUCUAGGUUUGUAUACCUUUUACUGUCUUACAGUCCUUUUUUUCUUCCUUUCCUUCACUGUUCUGUAUUAAGAUUAAAUCUUCUUCACUGUUAAGAUUAAAUAAUUCCUUGGUAUAA